AGUCGCGUCAGUACUGUCUGAAUAUUCAGUGAAGAUCGUAACCAUGAAGGCACUGCUUGUCUCGUUCCUGCUUUGUGUUAUUGGGGCUAGCUGUGAAUCUCCCUAUAACGAUAUACUUGUGAAGUUGGGGAGGAGAGAAAAUGUCCUCGAUAGUGAACUCAGUGCCUUAGCGCACGCGGACCCUAAUGACCUUCCCAUGGCCGUGAGGAAGCUGGUCCGUACUAUACCUCACGGACAACAUGUUUGCUGUCGCAAUAAACCAGUGAUCAUCGAGGUCAAGUCGAGGAGGGUACAGCGUGUGCGUGCUGUGGUAGAUACAGUGGCCACCACCCACCAUUGUGGAUUCCUUAGUGCAGGACACUGCACUUCUACUGAUGAAGUUUACAAACAGCAGACAUUCUACGUGACGGAAUACUACACACACGUGAAGACCGGAGAUUGUCCUGAUCGGCAUAUCGUCUGCUGUAAUAUGUACAUCAUGGUGGCCGAAUCCUGUGUUCAUCUGGAUGACCUCCAUGAACUUACCACGCAACUUAUAGGCUAAUUGUAUACAUGUUCUAAGAAAACGGAAAUAAAGAUUACACUAUAAA